CUGCGCCUCCAGGCCGCUGUCCACUAUGCCCAGGGCGACCUCCCGGCGGCCCAGAGCCUGGUGGAGGAGGAGCUCGCCGCCGCUGCUGAUGGCGGCUCCGGAGCCGCCGAGGACCCUUCGGAGCGGGCCGAUGCCGAGGUCAACCUGGGCUGCCUGCUGUACCGGCAGGGCAGGCACGAAGAGGCCAGCGGCAAGUUUGCCAGCGCCAUGCAAGUGUUGGGGUACUGCCCCGAGCUGUCCUACAACAUGGCGCUGUGCUCCUACGCGGCCAAGCAGUACCACGCUGCCCUCAAGUACAUCUCCGACAUCAUCAAGCGCGGCAUCCACCAGCACCCGGAGCUCAACGUGGGCAUGACCACCGAGGGCAUCGACGUCCGCAGCGUGGGCAACACGCUGCUCCUGCACCGCACGGCCCUGGUGGAGGCCUUCAACCUCAAGGCAGCCAUCGAGUACCAGCUGCGCAACGUGAAAGCGGCGCAGGAAGCGCUCACGGAUAUGCCGCCGAGGGCCGAGGAGGAGCUGGAUCCGGUCACGCUGCACAACCAAGCACUCAUGAACAUGGACAGCCAGCCCACUGAUGGCUUUGGGAAGCUGCAGUUUCUUCUCCUGCAGAACCCCUAUCCACCAGAAACUUUUGGUAACUUGCUACUUCUGUAUUGCAAGCAUCAAUACUACGACCUGGCAGCUGAUGUGCUGGCAGAGAAUGCCCAUCUGACCUACAAGCUGCUCACACCUUAUCUGUACAACUUCUUGGAUGCUGUUAUUACUUGUCAAACUGCCCCUGAGGAGGCUUUCCACAAGCUAGAUGAUUUAGCAGGGACGAUGACUGAGCAGCUAAGAAAACUCACAAAACAAGUACAGGAAGCUAGGCAAAAUUGGGAUGAUGAAGCUCUAAAAAAGGCAAUUAAUGAGUAUGAUGAGACUCUGGAUAAAUAUGUCCCUGUCUUGAUGGCCCAGGCAAAGAUUUACUGGGACAUGAAAAACUACACAAUGGUAGAAAAGAUCUUCCACAAAUCAGUGGAGUUCUGCAAGGAACACGAGGUGUGGAAGCUCAAUGUGGCUCACGUGCUCUUCAUGCAGGAGAACAAGUAUAAAGAGGCUAUUAGCUUCUAUGAGCCGAUAGUUAGAAAGCACUACGACAACAUUCUCGAUGUCAGUGCCAUUGUGUUAGCAAACCUCUGCGUUUCCUACAUCCUGACAAGCCAGAAUGAGGAUGCAGAGGAACUAAUGAGGAAGAUCGAGAAGGCAGAAGAGCAGCUGUCUUAUGAUCAUCCUGAUAAAAAUACCUACCAUCUUUGCAUUGUCAAUCUAGUCAUUGGUACCCUCUACUGUGUGAAGGGGAACUAUGACUUCGGUAUUUCCAGGAUCAUUAAAAGCCUGGAGCCAUAUAACAAAAAACUGAGCACGGACACAUGGUAUUACGCUAAGCGGUGUUUCCUGUCCUUGCUGGAGAACAUGUCCAAGCACAUGAUCAUGCUGCGUGACAGUGUGAUUCAGGAGUGCCUGCAGUUUCUGAAGCAAUGUGAACAGUAUGGAAGAAACAUCCCAGCUGUCAUUGAGCACCCCCUUGAAGAGAGUGGGAUGCAGAAUGGGAAAAACACAGUCACCUAUGAAGCCAGGCUUUUGAGGGCACUGAUGUAUAAGAUCAGUGGGUGGCCUGAGUAAAUGUUGUUAUCAUACAGCAGAAAUGAGAACUUUGUUCUCUUCUUGUGCUUGUGAGGUAAUGCUAACCCUCACAAAAUUCUUUAAAGAUUUUGUGCUGUAUUUUAACGACGUUCAGUAGAAGAUAGUACAUUUUCAUUAAAUUAAGCUGUACCAAAUAACUAGGACCAUUCUCAGUAACCAGUCAUGUUAAAUAAAACUUAAGAUGUGUUGACCAAGAAUGUCAUAGAAAUACCAUGGAGUUUUCACCUAUAAGAUAAUACUUUAUCCUUUUGAAAUUUUGAUCAAGUUUCUUUUCAUUUGUUGACAUUUGAAAAAUAAAAAAUGUUAUCUGUCUCUUCUAGGACAGAAUUUGAAGAAAUUGUUGAUUUAAUUAUCUAA